UGCAUAUCUGAUUCUCGCGAUGUUAAUGAUCAGCAACGCGAUUGGAUUAAUUCAAGUCUCGCGAUGUUCCGGUCUCUUCCUUGGCCGUCGCUGACACAGAGACUAAGGCCAUGUUCAGUACCAGCGCUAAGAUAGUGAAGCCGAACGGCGAGAAGCCUGAUGAGUUUGAGUCUGGAAUCUCCCAGGCUCUGCUGGAGCUGGAGAUGAACUCUGACCUGAAGGCCCAGCUGAGGGAACUGCACAUCACUGCAGCUAAGGAGAUCGAGGUGGGCGGCAGCCGCAAAGCCAUCAUCAUCUUCGUCCCGGUUCCUCAGCUCAAGUCCUUCCAGAAGAUCCAGGUCCGCCUGGUCCGGGAGCUGGAGAAGAAGUUCAGCGGGAAGCAUGUCGUCUUCAUUGCACAGAGGAGGAUUCUUCCCAAACCCACCAGGAAAAGUCGCACCAAGAAUAAGCAGAAGCGUCCCAGGAGUCGAACUUUGACCUCUGUCCAUGACGCCAUCUUGGAGGACUUGGUGUUCCCCAGUGAGAUCGUCGGGAAGCGGAUCCGGGUCAAGCUGGACAGCAGCCGGCUCAUCAAGGUCCACCUGGACAAGGCCCAGCAGAACAACGUGGAACACAAAGUGGAGACGUUCUCUGGAGUCUACAAGAAGCUGACGGGGAAAGACGUCGUGUUUGAAUUCCCAGAAUUCCAGCUGUAAUGCGCCGGACUCAAUAAAGUUGUUUUCUGUCA